AAUGAAUGAUAGUAAUGGAUAUUUAUCAAAGGGAGAGAUUUUUAAGAUUCUACCUCUAGGAAUACCAAAAUUAGAAAAUUGUAUAUUAAACGAUAUGGUUUCAAUUUAUUGCUCUUGGAAAUCAAAUUUAGAUAAUACGUUAAUACCAAUGAAAUUAAAGCAAGCUAUAAUCGAUAAGAUUACAAGAGAAAUUACUUGCGAUAGAGGUAAUUUUGCAUACGUACCUAUUUUAUCUACGCAAGAUUUGCUCAUUUGUAAUUGGGAAUAUAUGUCACAAAUUGGCUAUAAUGCGAUACGAUGGAACCGAACACAAACUUUAUUGAUUGUUUACGAUGGUAAAAAAUUAAUUACAACUCCAAUUCUUUUUCCACAACCUCAAAUCGAAUCUAACAAAUAUUGUAUUAAAGAGUCAAGUAAUAGUCUUACCCUAUCAGUUGGUUUAGCUUUUAGUGAAGGAAUAAACUUUAUUUGCAAAUUCUAUCCAAAGAUCGACCCACCGCAAUUGGAAUUUUAUGCCAUAUCAAUUCUAAAAUCUCAAUGGAAUACAGAGAUUCAUAAAUUUCUCAUGGUUUGUCCUCAAUUUUGCGGCAACGAAUCUUCACGAAACACUGCUCUAUACUUUGAACAUAAAAAUCUUCGCUAUAAUACGAAUUAUUCAUCAAUUAUGUAUUUCAAAACAAAAUACUAUCCAGGUGUCACUGAAAAAUUCCUUACGAAUUUGACAGCAAAGGAAUUACACACAAGAAUAUCUGAACCAUCCGCAUUACCUGAAAUUCCUCCAGGAGCGUUCAUUUUAGAUUCUGAUAGAAGGCAUCUAACAAUUUUGUGGAAACCUCUUCCCAUUCCAUUCCGAAAUGGACCAAUUGCACAAUAUUCUCUUCAAAUUUCUUCUGAAAAAUCUAUGACCAAUGUCUCUGGGGAUGUAAACUAUUACAAAUUUAAAAAUCUAACUACAACAAAUCCUUCUAUAAAAGUGAUUGGGUUUACGAAAACACAACAAAUAUCUCCUCUUCUAAAUAACUCUGAUCAUCAAUUUAACCUCUCAAAAGUUUCGUAUGAUAAAGAAAAAAGCUGCUUCUCUGUUAAUAAAACUUCGAAUGGAAAUCGAAAAAUUGAUUGGAAAAUACCAGGCAUUAAAGUUUCCAGAUAUGUAAUUUAUUAUUGUAUUGUCGAAGGACCCGAAGCUUUAACAUCAAAAGGCUGUAUAGUAAGCAAUGACAGCGAUUGGUAUGGUCUCAAAACAAUAAUUGUAUCGAAUACAACAAAUUUUCUUGUAAUGAAUGAAUCGCUAUUCAUGGAAGAUAAGAUAUACGAUUUUGGAGUUUCUGGGGAUAAAUUCCUUAACGAUAAAUGGCAUAGUACUGGAUUAAUACCAUCAACCUGCCUUAAUAGAACUCAAUCAGACUAUAAAGUGGAAACGGCAGACCAACCUCCAUAUCUUUGGAUUCUUACAAUUUUUUUUAUUAUACCGAUUGUAGGAUUUGUACAAUUUAUUAAAAGGUUUGUUAACGAGAGAAUACAAAACAGAUCCGUUGAUGCAGGAGAAUUUGAGCAGGCUUGA